UCAGCAGGAAGUAGCAUCAGCAGGCACAAGAGAAGCAGAGAAGACGCUCGUUGAAUUGACUUCGGGAGUUUUCAUCGACUUGGGAAGCUUUCCCUGCGUCUCAGGGAUCCCAGCAGAAAUGCUCUCCUCUGCGAUUCUCUUGCUCUUUCUCCUUCCUUGCGCUUGCGGAGAAAACCCUGCGAUUCAGCUGAUCCUGACGAACAAGGGGCUCCAGUACGGGAAACAUGCGGGUGCAGGAUGGGUUCAGGACAAGCUGGGGUCCGUCACCCUCCCUGACCUCAGCGGCGACUUCAGCCUCCUAAUCGGCAGCGUUCACUACACUCUGUCAGGCAUCAGCAUAGAAAAGUGUGACUUCCCCGAGCCGUCAGUUGAGUUCUUUCAGAACAGCACGGGCCUCAAGGCGUCGCUCUCCGGCCUCAGUGUGGCUCUGACCGGGGAGUGGACCUCAUCGUAUGGCAUCAUACACGAUGAAGGAACCUUCAGCAUGGCCGUCUUCAAUGUGGAUGUUCUGUCUGUGGUGGAGCUGGGGAGGGAUGCAGACGGACGCCUGUCGCUCAGCAGCCUCCUCUGUGAAGCUCAUGUUCAGGAUGUGCAGAUCCAGAUCCGUGGCGGAGCCAGCUGGAUCAUCCAGUUGAUUGUUGAUCAUAACCGGGGGCGAAUCAGAGGAGACAUCGAGAGCAGAAUCUGCCCUCAGAUGGAGGAAGCGAUUGUCGAACUGGAGCGCCAUCUGCAGGCUGUGAAUGUUUCCUUUGAUGUGGGUGAAGCUCUGUCUCUGGAUCUUCCUCUCAGCCUUCCGCCUGUCGUCAGUGCCUCCGCUCUGAGUUUGGGCCUGAAGGGAGAGUUCUACAGCAUCAAAACUCACAAGGAGCCUCCGUUUGAGGCUCAGCCGUUCACGCUGCCACCCCAGCCGGGCUACAUGCUGUCCGUGGGCCUGUCGGAGUUCACCCUCAACUCUGCCUUCUAUGGAUUCUUCUCCUCCGGACUGCUUCAGCUCCUGGUGGACGACGGCAUGAUACCUCCAGGUUCUCCUGUACGUCUGAACACGACCUCACUGGGCCGUUACAUUCCUCAGCUUGCUCAGAUGUUUCCAGACCUGCUGAUGAAUCUUCAGGUCUAUGCCAGAGAAGCUCCCAUGUUUUCCCUCCAGCCUGAUGCGGGUAAACUCAGCGUGGAGGGCACGGUGAAGGCCUUCGCCAUCUUUCCAAACGGCACCCAGAUCCCCGUGUUCACACUCGACAGUGAGUCGUUGUUCAGCAGUAAAAUGCGUGUCGCUGAUGGCAGAGUGAAGGGCUCCGUGACCAUGGAUAACCUCACCCUGAGCCUGGUAGCAAGUGAAGUGGGACCCUUCUCGACUGACAGUCUGGAGAAAAUGGUGAGGAUGGGUGUGAAGAUGGUGGUCCUGCCUAAAAUAAACCAAAUCUUGGCCAGCGGUAUUCUUUUACCCAGGACGAAAUAUGGACAGCUGGUCAAUUCAGUCCUGACGAUGGAGGAGGGAUUCAUCGCCUUCUCUUCAGACGCUCAGCUGUUUCCAACAGACUGACACGAGCGCUCGCCAUCGCAGUUCGGACUAAAACUUAUUUUUAAGUUUGCAUUUGUGCACAAAUCAACACCCCAGAUUCACCUGUAAGGACUUAGUGAGAAGAUCAAGCAGCCUUGCUUUGUAAUUCAGGAUUAGAGUUUAAUCUCAUAAUGCCAGCAGUGAAAAAAACAGCACUUUUUAAAAUUGUUUUCCUAAUAAUGGAUUAAAUAUAUCCUUCGUUCCUUUAUGGACUGUCUGUGAUUUGUUUUGACACACAUGAAAACCAGCAGCUUCUAAAUAAACCAGGCCGAUCUGGUUUGUUCCAAGUUGUACCGACCAUCGCAGGGAAAGAAUAAAGGAUUUCAAGAUAAAUCAAGGCACGAGCAACGUGUUCAUGAAACAAUGACAUCUUUAUUUUCGAAACAUUUCAGUGUGUACUCUUGAGGUUCUGUUUCCACGUUCACAUUCUUGGAAUGUAACACCACCAAAGUAUAAAUAGGAGCCUAUUUACAGCCCUGUUCUUUAACAUGUUCCCCUUAGAAA